AUGGUGUGGACUGCACCCCAUCAGGCACACCCUACUUUCAAGAGGCCAGUGGGAGAGGGGAGCUUCACCCCCAGGGCCUCCUUCAACAGCGGGAGCAGGGCCGGGCCACCAUUGACCGAGACUCCACGUCCACCCCUGCGGCGGAAGCCCAAGCGGGCCAAGGCCUCCAAGAAGUCCACGGACCACCCCAAGUAUUCAGACAUGAUCGUGGCUGCCAUCCAGGCAGAGAAGAAUCGCGGCGGUUCCUCGCGCCAGUAUCAAAAGUAUAUUAAGAGCCACUACAAGGUGGGUGAGAACGCCGACUCCCAGAUCAAGUUGUCCAUCAGGCGCCUGGUGACCACCGGUGUCCUCAAGCAAACCAAAGGGGUGGGUGCCUCGGGGUCCUUCAGGCUGGCCAAGGGCGAUGAGCCCAAGAGGUCGGUGGCUUUCAAGAAGACCAAGAAGGAAGUCAAGAAAGUGGCCACUCCAAAGGCAGCCAAGCCCAAGAAGGCUGCCUCCAAAGCCCCGAGCAAGAAACCCAAAGCCACCCCAGCCAAGGAAAGCCAAGAAGAAGCGGCUGCCACGCCAAGAAACCAAAAGCCCAAGGUUGUCAAAGCCAAGCCAGUCAAGACAUCCAAACCCAAGAGGCCAAACCUGUGAAGCCCAAAGCCCAAGUCCAGUGCCAAGAGGGCCAGCAGAAGAAAUGACGAUUGA